AUGCUGGACGGUACUCAGAAUGUCGGAAACGGUUAUUUAUACACCUUCGAAAUCGACAGUGACACCGGAACGUUGGCUCUGGUCAACACUACCAAUGCUGCUUCAGCCCACCCAUGGCUCUCAUUUGAUAGUAAUCGCAGGGUCGUUUAUGCAUCUGGGUGGUCCAAUCCUAUUGCCGGUCAACGCACCUAUUCAGCAUACGCACUGCAGAAGGAUUUCACUCCACGUCUUCUCAACACUGUUCCGUCCUGCGGUACUAAACCGAUUGCGAAUCAGUUCGUCGAAAAUCAUUUCUAUGGUCUCGACUUCGUCAAUCCAUGUGGAGACGUGUGGUCUGUAAAAGGGGAUGGUUCUUUCGGCGAACACAUUCAUGGAAUUCAAUUCGAGGAAGGUGCGACCCUCCACGGAUUUGCAAACACACCUGAUUUGCAGUAUAUGUACAUCAUGGACCUUGGCGGAAACCUCGUUCAUACUUUUACUAUUAACCCUCUUCAGCAGAUUAAUACAACUUCUCCCAGCAUCUCUGGAGCAGGGCCUCGACACGGUGUCAUUGACCCGACUGCAAACUUUCUCUACGUCAUUGACGAAGAAGGCCUCCGCGUAGACCAAUUCAAGCUCGAUGCGUCGACUGGGGCACUGGCCUUGACGGACAGGUCGCUUGCUAUCACACCGUUUGGACUGACACCAAGCAAUGCCUCGCUUUACUGGGGCGAUGAAAUUGCUCUCUCUUCGUCCGGAGUGACCCUCUACGCAUCUACCCGCUCUCGUGACAACAACUCCACUGGGUUCAUUGCUGCGUGGGAUCUCACACCAACCGGAGACAUCGUCGAUCCGAACGGUUUAUUUAUCGUCCCUACCCCUGCAGGAGGCGGGACGUCAAAUAUUUUGACGACUUCGCCAUGGAAUGACAACAUGCUCAUAUUGACCGAUGAGGAUAUGGACUUUGCUGCGCUGUAUAAUUUGACAAACAAUGGGACACAGCUGGAGGAGCUCUCUCGUGUCGACAUCUCCGGAACCUCUUGUUGUGCCGGAUCGGUAUGGGUGGACUAG